UCACAACAUUCACAACAGCAGUCCAAGCAACAAGUGAAAGCUUUAAAAAUAAAAUUUUUAAAAUAAUCAAUUCAAACUAAAAACAUUCAAAAAUGUACGGAUUAUUAAAAAUUGCGACAUUGUCUCUUGUCACACUUUUGGUGAUUUUUGCGCAAGGAAUUGCAGCUGAAACUCCAGUUCGUCAAUGUUCCGACCAUGCCCCUCUCCCUCUCUCAGUUGAAGUGGAUACCUGUACAGAAAUGCCCUGUGAUUUGUGGAAAAAUACCGAGACCCAGAUCAUAAUACAAUUUGUGGCCACUCGCAACUAUAUGAUGCAUUUGAAGGCGGUAGUGAAAUUUACCACUUUGGGAGUACAGAUACCAUUUGAAUUGGCGCCCGAGCGUAGUAAUGUUUGUGAAAAUCUCCUGUAUCAGGCCUAUUGUCCGUUGUAUAAGGAUGAAGAUGUCACCUAUCAUUUAUUGCUGCCCAUUGAGAACCAUCAACCCGAAGUGCCCACCAAAGUUGAGGUAUCCAUUGUGGAUGAAGUGGAUGACAGUGUUGUAUCCUGUUUUGUUGUCGAUGGCCGAUUUAAGAAACAAAAAUUCAACAGAGUUUGAAUCAAAGGCUGUCUCACAAUAAUUUGAUUUAAUUGUUAAGUUUUUAGCUGAAGUAAGUCCAAAAACAUUGUAUCAAUGUUUGAUAUAGUCAUAGAUUUAAUUUAUAGAGGAAAAAGUAAACAAAAAAUAUAAUCUGUAGAUAUAACUCCUAAAUACACUUUUU